AUGCGACAACAACUUGAAGAGGAGCAGAAGACUUACGGAGAUGUUGCGAUAAUAGAGAAUUUGGAGGAGACGUAUUCGAAUCUGGCUCUCAAGACGUUGAGAACAAUGGAGUACGCUUAUCCAAAACUUCCGUUUCCAGUGGACUCGGACUCCUUCGUACGUUUAGGAGCUUUUAUCAAAUCACUGAAGGAUAUUCAGCAUCCUCGUUUAUAUUGGGGAUUCCUCGACGGCAGAGCAAAACCAUUUCGAAAAGGCAAAUGGCGUGAAGCCGACUGGAUGCUCUGCGAUCGUUACCUGCCAUAUCAACUCGGCGGUGGAUACGCUCUCUCAUAUGAACUUGCGCGCUACCUUGCGCUCAACGCUCGACUAUUCAAGAUGUACAAAAAUGAAGAUGUUUCGGUUGGAGCAUGGCUGGCCGGUCUAAACGUCAAAUACGUUCACGAUCCCCGGUUUGACACGGAAUGGAUAUCAAGAGGGUGUAAUAACGAGUAUCUCAUAACACAUAAGAAGUCUCCUGCCGAUAUUCAGAAACUGUACAAUAAUAUGCUCAAUCAUCGUGUUUUGUGUGAGAAAGAAUAUCGCACACGUUAUUCGUAUGUUUAUGACUGGACAGCACUACCGAUGUUUAUUUACACUUUAUGUAACCGUUGCCGAAUUGGAUCGGCCCAAUGGACGAACAUGCAGUUUUUGUGGGCACGUUCACUGGCUGCAACCAAAGAGAAGUUCAAAUUUGUGUUGGAUUAUUUAUUUCUUGUAGUACCAGGACUGCUAGUUAUGACAGUAUUCUCACAAUCACUGUUAUUGCUGACAUGUGUGCUGACCACAUGCUUGGCAACUCUUCUAGUUUUCAUAAUUUGUGAAUAUCUAAUCUCACCUGAUCGGCCUGCUGUGAAGUUGGUACUGAACAGAAUCAUCGACGAUAACCAACAACCAACGACGUUUGUUACGUAUUUCAGGGCUACUAUGUUGCUCUCAGUGGCUACUGCUAUUUUAGGUGUGGAUUUUCCAUCGUUACUCGUGGCUUCGAUCGUCGUUCGUCGUACUACCAGUGAUAGGAUUCGCACGAACGGUUUUGCUGACCGUAUUAAACUAUCCGCAGCAUGUAACGGAAUAUGGCAUUCAUUGGAAUUUUUUCUACACUCUAGCAGUAGUGAAGGUUUGUUUUUGUCGCUGUUUGUUCACAUGGUACGAAUCGGUCCUUCUUUCUGCCUUUUGAUUAGAACUGCGCAUAAAAGUAUUCGAGUAAAAUCGUGGGUAGAAUGUUGUUGGCGGCUCUACAUAUUCUCGUUGAUCUUCUACCUAAUGCAAUUAGGAGCUGAGUGGACUUUGGGACAGCCAUCUCGACGGGUCGUUAACAUUGCCUACAUUUUUUCUGCAAUGUCAUUCCUUACGUUCACCCUUGCAUGCUUCCUCUGUGUUCAGAUGUUUUCCAUUGUUGCAUGGGCUGCGAAUGUCCCACAUUUCUCCACA